AUGGAUCAGUUUAUCGCGGACUUUCUAUUGGGAAAAUAUCAACAAUUACAUUCUCAAUUUUUUUCUUGCUACUCCACAUUAAUCAAUAAGACAGGAGGCAUUCUCAGUCAAGAAAAGCUCAAUGCUAUUCAAUCAGCCCUAAAGGGAGGAGAGUUAAAAGAUGCAGUUGACAACAUUGAGGAAGCACUUGCGGAAGCAAAGAAUGCAUUCCUGGACGUGGCUGUGAUUGGGGAAUCUGGGACUGGGAAGUCCAGUUUCAUCAAUUCCCUACGAGGUCUGAGUCAAGACGAUGAGGAGGCAGCCGCUGUUGGAGUUGUGGAAACUACUAUGGAGAAAACUCCCUAUCAACACCCAAAAUACCCCAAAGUGACCUUCUGGGACUGUCCUGGAACUGGGACUCCCAAUUUCCUUCCAGAAACUUAUGUGGAAAAAAUGGAAUUUGCUAAAUUUGACAUCUUUAUCAUCAUUGCCUGCACUCGUUUCACCUACAAGGAAGUUCAAUUGGCCCAGGAAAUCAAAAAAAUGGGUAAAAAAUUCUACUUUGUUAGAACCAAGGUGGAUAGUGAUUUAUAUAAUGAAAAGGUAAGCAAACCAAAGUCCUUUAAUAAAGAGAGAGUCCUUCAGCAGAUCCAAGACAACUGCCUGGCAAAUCUUAGCAGUAAUGGAAUGUCUGACACACAUGUCUUCUUGAUCUCCAACUUUGACUUGGAUGACUUCGAUUUUCCAACACUGGAGGAGACACUGUUGAAAGAACUCCCUGCUCACAAGCGUCACAUCUUUAUGCUCCUGAUACCUUGCAUGUCUGAUACUGCCAUUGAGAUAAAGAGAAAUUUCCUUCAAACAAAGCUCUGGCUGGAAACCUUGACGUCAUCUGUUUUGUCUAUCUUCCUUCACCCAUCAUUUACCCUUGGCUUUGAUUUGUCUGAACAGGAGAAGUGCUUGAAUCUUUAUCGAAGCCAUUUUUGUCUGGAUGAUAAAUGCAUUGAAGAGACUGCCAAGAAUUUGGGCAUAUCUGUGUCGAAGCUUAGAAGCUCCAUCAAGUCCUCAAAUUUUUUGUUACUUACGAAAGAUGAUAGUAUAGUAGCAAAGGUGAUGAAAUAUUUUGAAGCUUGCUGUUCAACUAAUGGAGGUCUCCCAUCUACCUUUCAGCUUUUGAAAACCUAUUUUCUACGUUUGAAAUUCCUCAACACAGUGGCUGAUGAUGCCAAAAUUAUCCUGCGUAAGACUUUAGAGAAAAAAAUUCAAAGAGAAUGA